GGGGCUAGAGAAGCCGGAGGCCAGAGCCUCGGCCCGCAACAAGUACCCACCUCACCUCCCACAGCCCGCGGCUUGGGUCGGCUGGCUUCCUCCGACUGUGACGGCUUCUGGGGCGCCGCAUGCCGGGGCUUGUAGUCCGAAGCCCCCCAUCUGCGCCCCAGAGCGGGGCCGCUCCAGGAGCAAGACUACAACUCCCAGAGUGUCCCGCGCCGCCGGGCGCCGCUCUGCGCGCGCAGCGAAGCUGUCGGCGCCCACGUUCCCGCGCCGCUGGCGGCGGCUCAGACCCUGGAGAGGGUCGGGGCCGACUCCUACCCAGGCUCGGGGGUUCCAGUCCUUGUCGUGAGGCUGCGUGUCCAGGGACGCAGUGCUCUGCAUAUCCGAGGGUGCCAGACUGUCCCGCGCUGGAGCCGCAGACAAGCCCAGCCGCGCCAAUCUUUCCUUUACGGGCUGCGGCCUCGGGCGGUUCGUGGGCCAGGCUGUGAGGACCCUCCCUUCUCCCCAGGCCGCACCGGACACCCUGCAGCCCCCAGAGGGCGGUCGCCCGGCGCCCGCCUAUGAGGAGUGACCCCGCGACCUCUGCAGCCCCCCUGAGGGGGCUUGGGGGCCCCCUGCGGAGCAGCGAGCCGGUGCGCUCCUCCCCGGCCCCAUCGGCAGCAGCACUUCUGCUGGAGGAGGCGGCCGACUUGCUGGUGGUGCACCUGGACUUCCCCGCGGCGCUCCGCACCUGCGAACGCGCGUGGCAGGGCCUGGCAGAGGAGCCCGCGGGCGCCUCCUUGGAGGUGAAAUGCUCUCUCUGUGUUGUGGGAAUCCAGGCCCUGGCAGAGAUGGAUCGGUGGCAGGAAGUCCUGUCUUGGGUUCUUCAGUAUUACCAGAUUCCUGAGAAGCUGCCCCCCAAAGUCCUGGAGUUGUGUGUUCUUUUAUACAGCAAAAUGCAAGAGCCUGAAGCCAUGCUGGAUGCAGUCAGCGCUUGGCUCCGAGACCCCGACAAUCAGGGCCUUCCGGAGUACAGAACCUUAGCAGAACUUCACCUGCAGCGGGUGCUGUUUCCUUUGGGCUGCUUGUCGGAGGCUGAAGAGCUAGUGGUGGGUUCUGCAGCCUUCAGUGAGGAGCAGCGGCUGGAAGCACUUCAGGCCAUUAGUGUGGCAAGGCAACAGCAGAAACACAGACACUCUGGCUCAGAGGAGGCCCAGAAGUUUAACCAGGAAGGCCCCUCCACCCACAAGUUCCUGUCACUACUGACGUUGCUCCGCCAGCUGUGGGACUCUGCAGUGAGCCACUUCUUUUCUCUGCCCUUCAGAAGAAGCUUCCUGGCUGCCUUGCUGCUCUGCCUCUUGGUCGUGAGGUUUGAUCCGGCUUCUCCUCACUCCCUGCCCUUCCUCUACAAGCUGGCUCAGAUCUUCCAUCGGAUCCGUGAGGCCGUGUCUUCUCUCUGCCAGCUUCCCAUCCACGACUGAGUGGUCCUCCACUCGCCUCAACCCCUGGCUCCCCAAGGCAGCUGGACAAACAGAGCCUCUUCCCACAGCAGCCUGUCUCUGCUGCUGGAUGGGCCCUGCCAGUGCGACCAGCCUAGUUAGAGAAGGGGAGGGUCCGGCCAGUGCACUGUGUCUUGCUGCCUGAGUGCCUUCCUCUUUGUACCCCAAUAUGGCUGGCUUGGUAGGUGGUGUGGAAACUGGGGCCAGAGAGCACAACCGUGCAGAGGCCCCUCACACAAGAGGGUUUGGGAAGGGCGAGUGUUUCGUCCUUGAAACAUGCCAUCUCCCUGCAGAGGCAGGGGGUGAUUUUUUCAUGUCAGGAUGUUCUUGAAGCUGCAAGUUCAGAACAAGGUCCUGGUGGAGGGGCCUUGGCCUUUUGCUUGCCACAGUCUGGUCUGGUUUAUCACUACAGCUCCCUGUGGUAUGUGAUGGGCUCUUCUUGCUGGGUAAGGGGACUUGGCCUGGUGCCUCCUGGGCUUCAGCUCAGAAUUUCGGGUUGUCAGUGGCCCCCUCUCUCUGCCAACCCCUCCCCCUGCCCUGCGGGAGUUUACACUUUCCCCAUGGCUGUUUUGUCAGGUUUUACUUGCAUCCUUGCCUCCUUGGUACACGUGGCCGCUGCUGGUUCCCCCCUUUCUAUGCUCUGUUAUUCUAGUUAUAUUCUGUUGUCUGUGUAGCGCACAAGUAUUUUUGCUCCUGCGGCCUGGAAAAGUAGGCCAGCCCAAAGGCUGAUGGGCUGAAAAUGGAACAGGGUAAUCGGAUGAGCUGGAAGGAUGUGGAGGGGGUUGGCUCUGAAGACUGGGAGGAGUUUUACUCCUUGUCAGCGAAGGAGGCAUUGGGGCCCUGGCUGAAGUGUUUCAGCAUUUUCUGUCACUGGCCACAAGAAUCCUAUCUGUUUCUGUGCAAGCACGCGUAGAACACUCCUGGUGGAAGGAUUCCAGCUGGCCCUGAAGACAGGAGGGCUGCAGGGGGCAGCUUCUCUGUCAUAAAAUGCAUGGAGGGAGUAAACUUCAGGCCCUGGGAAAGUUAGGUCCUGGGGUGUGGCCCUGGAAGCUAAGCUAAGAGUUAAGACCCCGUGGAGAGGAAGGGAGGAAUUAGGUUUUGAGAUCUCUCCUUUAGAAAGAUUUUAAUUUUAAUUUUUUAAUUUUUAUUUUUUUCAAGUUUAAUACUUUAUUCCAGACAUACCAAAUGUGUUCUUAUCUUUUUUGUAUUGCGUUCCCUCUGGCCAGCAGACUUGCCCUUCUUUGUCACAAGGCUGAUUCCUUCUGAUCUUCCAAGAAGCUCUGCCUACCCUGCACUUAGAAAGAUUUUUAAAAUCCCGUUGUGUUCAUAACCAAGGGAAAAAACUCUAUAAUGGCUUCCCCUGGCCCAAGGAUGAAACGCAGGUUCUUGAGUUUAAGGCCCUCAGGCACUGGUUUUGGCUGACACCCCCACUUUCAUGUGGGCCUCUGAUCCAGUCACCCACAGUCAUGGUUUUCUCACACCUCUGUGCCCUUUACAGCCGCUGACCCCUCUGGAGGCCCAGCUCUCUUUUUGCCUGGUAGCCCCUUAACCUUCCAGACUUACUCAAGGGAGUCCUUUCCUGCUGUCCCCUCUCCAGGCCCCUGGUUCACAGUCCUUCAGUGGUGGUGGAAUUCCGUGACCUCUAGUAACAGCUCUUCGAAGCUGGGGGGUGUGAUUGUUGGAAAGAGAUUUGACCUCAUCUGUCAGUCAGUUCUCUCACAGGGGCUUUUGGGUGAGUGAGUAGCACCUCUUGUGAAAUGCUUAGCCUGUGUCUUGCCUGGGGAAGAGCUCCCGGGAGGGGUGGCUGUGUCUCGAGUGCCCAGCCCAGUGCUAGAGAUUAGAGGGCACUCAGACUGAGCAGCUGGAACUGACAUGACAAGAGGCCAUGUGUGGGUUUUGUGUUGUGGAAGCUUCUUCCCCAAAGCCCCCGUGUGACCCUGUCCUAGGCCUCGAGGGUCUGCUUCCUGUUUGUCUUGAGCUCUCCAGUGUUGUCUGGCAUCCAGCCCCCACUGUCCUAAUGUGACAAGGAACUCGGACCCCCUGCUCGGGUGACUCAGCCUUUUCUGAGGAUGCAGGCUGCUGUGCUGGUUAGUCCUCAGCUCUGGGAUGCACGAGCUCGCAAGUGCAGGGAGGGCGCCUUGUCACACUAGUACCUGUGCUGUCCAGUGAGGUCACCACCACACGGCCUUUGAACCCUUGGAGUGUGGCUGGUCCAAAUCACGAUGUUCCGUAAAUGUUAAAUACACACUGGUGUCAAACACGUGGAACUCCAGAGUGGAAACUUGGUAAUUUUUAUAUUGAUUGCAUGUUGAAAUGACACUAUUUUGGAUAUAUUG